AUGAUUGAAAGCGAUAUUCUGUUUCCAUGGCUGGAUCCCAACCUCCACGCCAUGAUGGAUCAGCUCAAAGACAUGAAAAACAGCGAAGCGAUGUGCAAAGUGCGAAAAUUCAAGCAAAUUAUUCAGAGACACCCAGUUGCUUCGGUAUUUCUUAGUACUUUCGUGAUAACUGGUUUUCUUCCCUUCUUCUUGUUCCUUGCCUUUGUCGCUGGAUCUUCAAUAUUCGUCCUGUUUUCGCUUCUCCUUUUUCAAGGCGGGGUUCUUGCACUGGGUUUGCUAUCUCUGCUCGGAGUGUUUGUACCCAUCGUCUUAUUUGGAACUAAAAUCGCAGCCAUCGUGUACGUAAUAUACAUCAUCACUGCUACAGUCCUUCGCGUCGCUCACAUUUUAACAAAAACUAUAAUAUGGCUCCCGAAUGUGAUUGUGACCGUUUUAAGCCAGAAAUUUCACGACAUUUUUGCGGUUCUCGGGGAAGCAGUUAGAGUGGAACUACAACGGCGUCGGUCCAGCGCUUUUUCAUCAUGACAGUCAGAAUAUUGAUAAUAUUGAUAACGAAUGUAUGAACGGUGAGCAGUUAAGACGCAGACACUAUCACACUGAACGAAGCGAUAACCUGAGCCACUCUUUAGACCCCAAAGUGAAACAAGACACUAUUCACGUGGAUGGUAGAUGA